AUGGCUCUGUACAAGGCAAUCUCGGCGAGCAGUCUCGCUUUUCUACCACCCAGGAGAGAAUCAUUCAUGUACAACGAAAGAGUAUAUUGUCCGAGAAUAUUGUCUUCUUUCCCAGAGUUGGCGGCUAGAACGAGUGAGCUUCAUGGCCAUGUUGUUGCAGCCACUGGUAACCCAAGCAAUUUUACCAAGUCUUGUAACAAUCAAGUUAUUCAAGCGGUGUUACAAAGUGAAAGAGAGGUGGAAGUUUCUGGAUCUAUACUCAAUGGAGGGUUCCAUGGUAAAUUCAAUAAUGCUAUUUUGGCCAAUAGUGGUGGCUUAGACACAUCAGUCAUUGUUCUAUGGCUGAGGGAGAACUAUGGCUGUGAUGUUGUUUGCUUCACUGUUGAUGUUGGUCAGGGUAUAAAGGAAUUGGAAGUCUUGGAAAAGAAGGCUAAAGCCAGCAGGGCUUGUCAGUUAGUGGUGAAGGACUUAAGGGAGGAAUUUGUAUGAGACUUCAUAUAUCCUUGUUUGAGAGCUGGUGCAGUUUAUGAAAGGAAAUAUUUGCUAGGAACCUCGAUGGCUCACCUUGUUAUUGCAAAGGCCAUGGUAGAUGUUGCAAUGAAGUUGGAGCUGAUGCUGUUUCUCAUGGAUGUGCAGGAAAAGGAAAUGAUCAGGUGCGCUUUGAGCUCACAUUCUUUGCUUUGAAUCCCAAGCUAAAUGUUGUGGAUCCCUAGAGGGAAUGAGAUAUUACAGGGAGAAAAGAUGCUAUUGAAUAUGCUAA